AUGGCGAAAAAGAGACACCUCUGUUUCCUCGCAUCCAAGAAUGGACAUAGAGAUGUCGUGCGGGUGCUUCUGGAAAAUGGAGGAAAUCCAUAUAUCCAGAACAAGUACCUUCAGACUGCCCUCUUUCCUGCAUCAAGAUGGGCAAAACCAUUGAUCGUGGCUACUCUUUUAGAUGCCGGUCUCCCAGCCAACAUACCAGAUAUUUUUGGGAGCACACCACUGUUUUAUGCGGUUGAAAGCGGGUCGGUAGAGACCAUGGAGCUUCUGUUAUCAAGAGGAGCCGAUGUUAGGCGAAUCAACGCCAUGUUUGAGACGGCGCUGUUCGGCACAACUAAACCCAGGGCAGAUGAAUCUUGCGAGUUUGUCUCAAAGGUUAUUCAAAUGGAUGUGGAUUUCAAGGCCAAGGACUUGGGUCUUCUCCAAGGAGCAGUAAAAUCUGGAAAUGCCGAGGUCACUGAAAUUGUCUUGAAUGCUCUCGAAGAGGAGACAAUUUCUGCACAAUCAACGGCCUCGCUUUUGGGAGCCUCAGUGUUGUGUGGCAAUCUUGACGUGGUCAAGGCACUAUUCAGUCAGCUUCCCGCAAACCCAGACAUUGGGAGAGCUUUGUUUGCUGCCGUUUGCACUGGUAGUGAGCUGGUUGACUUCUUCCUUACCAAUACAAGGGGCCUCUUCAGCAGUUUGAUCUUAAUUCCAAAAACAAUUAUGGAUUUGCCCCUCUCCUAUGUGACUCAGAUGCGUCACAAUAACACAGAAUUUGCGAGGCUCUUGCUGCAGAGGGGCGUUUACCCCAACACUAUGGAAAGUCCUAGAGCCGACACUCAAGCGUCGAUGUCUAAAUCGGAUGUACAGAGCCAGUCGGAACUUUCCAAAGAGGCUUUGGACGCGAACGAUCUCAGCGCCCGUGAGAAUUGGGGUCACUGGUUUUUUUUGGCCUUUGCGGCGCACAAUGGAGCAGAUCACUUGGUUGAAUUGAGGCUUGAAUACAAUGCAAACCCAGAUCCCAUUAAUCAGUACGGCGUCAGGCCAAUAUGUUUGGCUGCUCUCGAUGGAAAUGAGGCAGUUGUAAGAAUGCUUCUUGAUAAGAAGGUUGAUCCGAACCGGGUUGAAGGCACGAGUAAAGCACCCUUAUCAUGGGCACUUAAGCGACAUUUGGUUGCUUAUAGAUACGAUUCGUCAAGAAUAAGCGACUGGCCAGGCUGCCAAGCGGUGGAGGCGACAUUCAGUCUUCUGCUCGAGCGCGGUGCAGACCCCAAUCCAAGUGACGGGUCGUCCCCAAUCUUGGCUGCCCUCAGGCUGUAUUCGGAAGACCUGGGUUUGCUACCACUGAAAGCUGGAAGCAGCCCGCAUGUUCGUGAUAUGUAUGAUCGCAUGCCGCUAUUAAUCGCAACCGCUUCUGGAAUGGCACUGUUUGUCGCGGCUUUGCUGGAACUUCCAGAUGAAUGGACGGACCCAGCGAUCACGGAUAUUUAUGGCCGGUCAGCAAUAAUCGAAGCCACAAGGAGGAACAAAGUCGACAUUUUGAAGCUACUGACCCUAGAGCCAAAAAUGGAUUAA